UGACGGCGAUUCCCAGACGCGCUCCGUUCACGCCAUAACCUCUCUGCUGGUUCCACGCUACCGCUCAGCUCACCGCUCUCAACUCACCCGCUGGUCUCACCACUCGCCCUCACCGCUCACCGCUCACCCUCACCGCUCACCCUCACCUCUCAUCCUCACCGCUCGCUCCCACCACUACCCCUCCCUACCCGUGAGGGCUCCGUCUCCUCACCCCCUCACCUCCGCCAUGGCCUACCAGCUGUACAGGAACACGACGCUGGGAAACAGCCUCCAGGAGAGUCUGGACGAGCUCAUCCAGUCCCAGCAGAUGAGUCCUCAGCUGGCGCUGCAGGUGCUGCUGCAGUUCGACAAGGCGAUCAACGCGGCGUUGGCGCAGCGCGUGCGCAACCGCAUCAGCUUCCGCGGCUCUCUGAACACGUGGUUCUGUGACAACGUGUGGACCUUCGUGCUCAACGACGUGGAGUUCCGCGAAGUCACCGACCUCGUCAAGGUCGACAAAGUGAAGAUCGUGGCCUGCGAUGCCUCCGGCUCAACGUCUGCGGAGUGAGGAGGAGGACGAGGAGGAGGAGGAGCGGUGGCGGAGUGGAGCCUCGUCGGAGCAGCGGCGGCUCGCUCGCUCACCCUCCACCAGCCCCCGAUACACACCCACUCCCUCACCAUCCAUCCCACCACUCCCUCACCCUCCACCAGCCCCCGAUACACACCCACUCCCUCACCAUCCAUCCCACCACUCCCUCGUCCUCCACCAGCCUCCGAUACACGCAGUCCACUCGCCCACUCCCUCACCAUCCAUCCCACCCACUCCCUCAUCCUCCACCAGCACCCGAUACACACUGUUCACUAACCCACUCCCUCACCAUCCAUCCCACCACUCCCUCAUCCUCCACCAGCACCCGAUACACACCGUUCACUAACCCACUCCCUCACCAUCCAUCCCACCACUCCCUCAUCCUCCACCAGCACCUGAUACACACCGUUCACUAACCCACUCCCUCACCAUCCAUCCCACCCCUCCCUCAUCCUCCACCAGCACCCGAUACACACCGUUCACUAACCCACUCCCUCAUCAUCCAUCCCACCACUCCCUCAUCCUCCACCAGCACCCGAUACACACCGUUCACUAACCCACUCCCUCACCAUCCAUCCCACCACUCCCUCAUCCUCCACCAGCACCCGAUACACACCGUUCACUAACCCACUCCCUCACCAUCCAUCCCACCACUCCCUCAUCCUCCACCAGCACCCGAUACACACCGUUCACUAACCCACUCCCUCACCAUCCAUCCCACCACUCCCUCAUCCUCCACCAGCACCUGAUACACACCGUUCACUAACCCACUCCCUCACCAUCCAUCCCACCACUCCCUCAUCCUCCACCAGCACCCGAUACACACCGUUCACUAACCCACUCCCUCACCAUCCAUCCCACCACUCCCUCAUCCUCCACCAGCACCCGAUACACACCGUUCACUAACCCACUCCCUCACCAUCCAUCCCACCACUCCCUCAUCCUCCACCAGCACCCGAUACACACCGUUCACUAACCCACUCCCUCACCAUCCAUCCCACCACUCCCUCAUCCUCCACCAGCCUCCGAUACACGCAGUCCACUCGCCCCACUCCCUCACCAUCCAUCCCAUCACUCCCUCUUACUCCACCAGCCCCCGAUACACGCAGUCCACUCGCUCACUCCCUCACCAUCCAUCCCACCACUCCCUCGUCCUCCACCAGCACCCGAUACACACCGUUCACUCACCCACUCCCUCGCCAUCCAUCCCACCACUCCCUCCACCAGCCCCAGCGUAUAUCGACGCGAUCUGCUGGCCCCACUCCGCGCCUACGCUGCUGUCGCGUUUCGCCUCUCCCACUUCCCACCCUGCUUGGCCCUCCUCCACCACCACGGCCGAGUCACCCGCUCUGCACUCACGGUUGAAGAUGCAGGGUUGUUGUCGUGGUGGUUGUAGCAAGCCACCCUCUCUGAUGGUGUGAAACCCAGACUAUAAAUAUAUCCCCGUAAAAGAGAAUUGGCUCUUGAUACCUUGAUUUCGGACUGUCAAAUAAUAAUUCGGUGCAAUCGUAGCGGCACGUGACAUUGUGAAGGCGUUGUAGAUCCCGUGUCCGAGGAAUUGAUUUUAAUUUGCAAAAUCAUUCCAGCACGUCCUCUGGAUUCACUCCGUCUCCUCGUUCGAUGCUGUGCCUCUCCGGUCACUACCCCACAACUCUCGCUCGCCAUCCUCUCGGCUACAAUUACUCUCCCAUAAUCCUCCCAGCUGCAAUUGCUCACCCAUCAUCCUCCCAGCUGCCAUCACUCGCCAUCAUUCUCCCAGCUCCCAUAAUCCUCCCAGUUCCCAGGACUCCCAUCCCCAAUCCGAGUGAAUCUCCUUCAAAAUCGCCCCCUACCCCCCCCCCCCCCCCACUGCACAACCACCACCCACACUGUUGUCACCCCUUGCAUAAAAAUAGUUAACAUUUUAAAUUGAAUUGUUUUGUUCCCUCUGGCGUCUCUCUUUAUGUUCAGUGUAAUUUAUUUGUCUCCGUUUUGACGAGAGAGCCCCGCGCACGUUACCAACGGUGCAACGUUCGAAUUUU